CCGAAUAUGCUUCCCCUCCUCCCCUAUAAAAGGAGGCCUCCCCCUCAAUGUUGAAGGAGGCCAAUUUCACUCCUCUCCUGCUACUUUCUCUCUCUAGAUAUUUUUAGAGUAUAUUUUUCCUUCUUCAAGAGCUUCUAGCUCCACCAUUAAUGGCUUCCGAGCCGAACUCUUGUACCGUGUACACACCCCCGAUAUUAAUAAAAACCCCCGUUGGCAAGGUACCGCCAAAAAAGGCCCGUGGUUUUCUCCCGAUUUGGGUUUCCACGUCAAAAUCCCCGUGUUUAUAUUUUCGUGUAUUUUUAGACUAGUUUAUCGUUUUAGCCGGGCUAAAAACGAUAUACCGGUCGAUAAUUUACACCAUCANACGUGGCUCGGCCCACAUUUCCCAAUUAUUUACGAAGAACAGUCAAACCGGACUUGUUUAAUAAAAUGGAGGAAUAAGAGAAUAUUCCCCGAAUAUGCUUCCCCUCCUCCCCUAUAAAAGGAGGCCUCCCCCUCAAUGUUGAAGGAGGCCAAUUUCACUCCUCUCCUGCUACUUUCUCUCUCUAGAUAUUUUUAGAGUAUAUUUUUCCUUCUUCAAGAGCUUCUAGCUCCACCAUUAAUGGCUUCCGAGCCGAACUCUUGUACCGUGUACACACCCCCGAUAUUAAUAAAAACCCCCGUUGGCAAGGUACCGCCAAAAAAGGCCCGUGGUUUUCUCCCGAUUUGGGUUUCCACGUCAAAAUCCCCGUGUUUAUAUUUUCGUGUAUUUUUAGACUAGUUUAUCGUUUUAGCCGGGCUAAAAACGAUAUACCGGUCGAUAAUUUACACCAUCACUUACUAUUUGUUCUGAAUGUAUAAAUUCAUAUUUGCAUAAAUUUUUUUAAUGAUAUUACAUGAUUAUCUUAUUAUUUCAAAACUUCGACAUAUUUAGCUUUUUCAUUCCUAAUAUUGAUACUUGGCCAUAAAAUUACUACGUAGAAUACUUAAAAUCUCAAAAAAUAAUUAAAGGUCAUAAGUUCAUAACUGGAUGAUGGAGUCAAACCCAAUUAUACUAGAUAAUGAAUACCGAGUAUAUAAUUCUCAAUCCGAAUCUAAACCCUAGUACUCCGUCCCCCAGUUUUUGUUCACUUUUGACUUUUGAAAUUGUUCAUCUAAGCACUUUGACUUAUCAAAUUCUCUCAAUGUGUAAGUCUAAAUAUAGUCAUGUGUGAUCUUGUUUGAUUUGUCUUAACAUAUAGAUUAUUAAUAUAUAAUUUCUAUAAUUUUUUAAUAUACAAAUUACAAGAUAAAAUGGAUUAAAUAAGUGCAUUAGAUGAUGUGCAAAAAUGAAAGUGAACAAAAACUAAGGGAUGAAGGGAGUACUACCUAAUCCAAACUCAAAAUAACCAAACUCAAAUCCAAUUGACCAAUUUGACCAACCCACCCUCAACCAAAUCCGGAGAACAAUGCUAUCAAGAUUCUUGGGCAUGCGGAUGCCCCUGAAUGCCGAUCCGCAGGCAAUCACCACCGUCCACUCUUAUAAAAUCUUCACCGUAUAUUGCUUGCACCGUUCUUCUUUACAGAGUACUUCGUAUUUUUUGUUAUUCUCAAGCCCCUCCCCUAGUCGGCGUCUUCGCCUCUCUCGACAGAUUGAAGCCACCAAAUUGAAAAUAAGACUCCUCCUGUGAGAUCGGAGGAUAUACGGAGGGAAAGGAUGGAUUCAGAUCAAGGCAAGCUGUUCAUCGGUGGCAUCUCUUGGGAGACGGAUGAGGAGAAGCUGAAGGACCACUUUCAGAGAUUCGGCGAGGUUUUGCAGACUGUGGUGAUGAGAGACAAGCUUUCCGGGAAGCCCAGAGGCUUUGGAUUCGUUGUUUUUGCAGAUCCGGAUGUUCUCGAUUCCGUUCUCCAGGAAACCCACACGAUUGACGGCCGUACGGUUGAUGCCAAACAGGCCAUAUCAAAAGAGGAACAACAGGUAUCCAAAAAUGGAAAUCCCAAUAGUGGUAGAAGUUCAGGAGGUGGUGGAAGUAACAAGACUAAGAAAAUAUUUGUUGGCGGAUUGCCUCCUGCUCUGUCAGAGGAUGGCUUCCGUGGUUACUUUGAAGCCUAUGGUAAUGUAACUGAUGUUGUAAUCAUGUACGAUCAGCAGACCAACCGGCCACGUGGAUUCGGUUUUAUUUCAUUUGAUUCAGAAGAUGCAGUAGAUCGGGUUUUACACAAGACCUUCCAUGAUUUGAGUGGUAAGCAAGUAGAAGUAAAACGUGCACUUCCUAAAGAUUUGAACUCCAGUUCUGGUUCUGGCGGUGGUCGGUCCAUGGGAAGUGGUGGUGGUGGAAAUUAUCAGGGGUAUGGAGGAGGACAUGGAAACAAUUCUAAUUCUUAUGAUAGUCGGAUGGAUUCCAAGUACAUGCAGCAACCAUCCGCUGUAUCAGGGUACCACCCCUAUGCUUCUUCGACUGGAUAUUCUGCUGGAUAUGGGUAUGGAUCUUCUAACAGUGCGAUGGGUUACAGUAGUUAUGGAAAUUAUGGUGGGGCGGCUCCUGGUUAUGCUGGACCGGCAGCUUCUGCAUAUGGAAAUCAAACUGUUCCUGGUGGUGGCAGCUAUGGAGGUGGUCCUGCUGAUGGACAAAGAAACUCAUGGAACUCUCAGGGUCCUGCUUAUGGUACUAUGGGUUAUGGAAGUUCCAACUGGGGGGCCAAUGCAGGUGUGGGAGGUGGAGGGCCAGCAAGCCAUUCUCCAGCUGAAGCGGCAGGUUAUGGGAACCAAGGUUAUGCUUAUGGUGGGUAUGGUGGGAAUGAUGGAACUUAUGGAAACCCUGCUUCUUAUGGGGCGGUAGGACGUUCUGCUGGCGGUCCACCAAGUAGCAAUUCCCCUGCUGGUGGUACUGGAGAGCUGCAAACUGGUGGUUAUGGUGCUUAUGGUGAUGCCAGUGGAAAUCCUGGAUACCCGUCUGGAAAUUAUGGAUCUCAUGGAAACCAAGCUGGUUAUGGAGGUGGUUAUGGUGGUGUGCCAGCUCGGCAAACUCAGCAACAAUGAUGAUCUCUUCAUUCUUCAUGCAAGACACUAUUUUCUUUCUGGAAGUUUGUCUUCUCAUAAAUGGUCUUCUGUUACGUGAGCUGAGAGAGGGUGACUGUUUCAAUACAUCAGACCUGCUUAAUUGGACUGGAGAUGAAGCUCUCAAGUAAGGUGUUUGAUGAGUACUUGUUCACUCAAAGUGGAGUUGUCAUGCAAUCUUGAAACCGGAAAUGGUGAUUCAGACCAGACCAGACCAAGCUGCUGUUGUUGAGCUCAUUCUACUCACAGCCAACAAUGGUAUGUUUGGGGUGCAUGCAAAUCUCUCAUCGAUAGAUUCCAUUAGUUACACAAAAGCUUUAGCUAACUUUAUACACAAUUAUCUCAUAUAGGAUACUAAAAUUAAAAUCAUGACCCUUUCCGAAGGGAGAUUUUUUUCGGGGGGGGGGGGGGGGGNUUUUGUGGGCAAUAUUACACAUGUUGGCAGGGUGGUUGCACGAUAGGCCUACCUUUCUUCAUUAGCUUUCUUCGAUUCGAUGGCCAUUGCAUCUUGCAUGGACACCAAUUUGGCAUUGCAAUUUGAGGCAAUAGAAUAACCCAAACAUGGGUCAUGUAUGCUGGUUUGGUCAGCCCUCAAAACUGGCCUUGACUUCAAACUUGUUGAAUCAGUUCUAGAUUGAACUGGGUUAACCAAUGGUUUGACUGGUUGGGACGGUUGGCCAUUUUUUACAUGGCCCAAAAUGGGAUUUUCAUUUACAGAGUACCGGAGUACUAUUUUGUACUCCCGUCCCACAAAAAUUGUGACAUUGCACUAUUCACAAGUCAAACUGCUUUUUUCCUUUACUUAUUUUUGGUUGUCAUUGAAGCCUCUUGUUUUGUGGAGUUUUUGAUGUAGUUUUUAAAUAUAUAAAUUUUAUUUUUAAAUUUUACUUCAAUGUUAGACAAAUCGAAUUCAAAGUAACUUCAAUCAAGUUUUGUUAUCCGCAAUGUGACAUUUUUUGUGUGACAUGGGGAGCAUUUGUUUUUCUUUAUUGUUACGGAGUACUUGUUAGUAGACGAUAAUCACUCAUUACACCUUGCGUCCCAAAAUUUUCGUGAUCUGUUUUGCCAAGUUAAACCCAGAAGAAAGUUAUCUUUUGGAGAGAAAGUUUGCUUUUGAAUUACUCUGUAAAUGGUAUUGUUUGUUUUUAUACAAGGGCAUCCUUUUUUCCCCUACAGAACUUGAGUGUCAUGGGUA